AUGAAUGAUGCUCAGAUUAGCGGGCACCAUACUUCCACUUCAUACGAGCAACAAAAGGCAAUAAUGGAGGUUUUGGAGGUCUGCAAUAUCACUCCCUCUCCCUCCCCGCCCACUCACUUCUCUCUCCCGCUCACUUUCUUCGAUCUUGUCCAAUUUCUAGCCCCACCCACCGAGCGUAUUCUCUUUUACACCUUGCCCGCCAAUGACCUGCCUCGCUUCGAUUCAAUUCUCCAAACCCUCAAACACUCUCUCUCUCUCACACUCUCCCAUUUCCUCCCUCUCGCUGGCAACCUCGUUUGGCCCCAUCACUCUCAAGACCCCUUUAUUCUUUACAACCCUGGCGACUCUGUUUCCCUCACUAUUGCUAAAACAGAGGCUGAUUUCCACCAUCUCUCUUCAAAUCAUGUCCGGAAGGCAAAGGAAUCCCAUUUCCUCGUACCCCAACUCCCAACAUCCGACACCAUUGCUCCACCCAUGUCUCUUCAAAUCACUCUAUUCCCCAAAAGUGGAUUUUCCAUUGGCAUCGUAACCAACCAUGUGGUUGUUGAUGGCAAAACAUCCACCAUGUUCUUGAAAUCAUGGGCUUCCAUUUGUAGUACACUCAAUUGUACUAAUAAUAAUCUCCCCACGCUGCCCCCGGAGUUGACACCAUUUUUUGACCGAACAGCCGCAAGGGAUCCAAAUGGGUUGCAAAGAUUAUACGUUAAGUAUUAUGGAGCGUUUGUUCGUCAACCCAAAAUACUUGGACUUACCCCAAAAAGGGUCAUCUCAGACGAUGUGGUGUAUGCCACAUUUGAGCUUACACGCACCGACAUAGAGAAGUUAAGGACAAAAGUGGUAGCAACUUCUUCAUCCACUCCUCGUCGGUUAUCAACUUUUAUGUUGGCAUUUUCUCUUAUCUCAACGUGCAUCGUCAAAGCGGAGCGAAUUGAACCGAAAAGUAAGAUUGCUUUGUUCUUCGCUAUGGAUAUGCGGCCUCGUAUGGGAGCUCUAGGGGGUCUCAAUUAUUUUGGUAAUUGUGUGAGUACGUUGGGAGUGUUUUUGGAAGCAAAGGAAUUGGAGGAAGAAAAUGGGAUGGCAAUGGUUGCAAACAAGAUUAGUGAUAGAAUGAUGGAGAUAGAGAAUAGUGUGAAGGAGAAUAAAGUAGUGGAAAUGGUGGAAGAAAUUUUAGGUCGAUGGGGGAGAGAGAUGCCCAUAUCUAAAAUGAUUGGAGUGGGAGGAUCGCCAAGGUUUGGAGUAUAUGAGAUUGACUUCGGGUGGGGAAAUAGCAAGAAAGUGGAGAUGGCUUCGAUGGACCCAAAUGGGACUUUUUCUAUCACGGAGAGUAGAAGUGGGAAUGGAGGAGUGGAAGUUGGAAUUGCUUUGCCUAAUGAUGUUAUGAAUGUUCUCUCUUCUUUGUUCUAUGAGGAAGUGAAAGAAUAGUGUUCAUUGCAUACGUACUUCUUUUUAUAAAUGGUUUAA